AUGCUGGAAACAGCUCGAGAGCUCACAUUAGAGGCUGCCCAGUCCGCUGCUAUCAAUCGGACCUCAAGCACCGACUAUACUUCGCGAACGUAUAGCCCCGCGCACAUCAAGAAACUCCUUGACAGUCGCCAUGAGCGGGAAGUCCUAGAUGGAAUGCAGAGGGUCAUCGCGUUGAUGUACCGGUCGGAGCCCUCCCUUACUUUCUUUUCGGCAGUUGUCAAGAAUGUGGCCAGCGCCAACCUCGAGGUCAAGAAACUGGUUUACAUCUACUUGGUCCAUCAUGCGGAGGCGGAGCCGGAUUUGGCACUACUAUCCAUCAACGCGAUCCAGAAAUCGCUGACGGAUUCAAGCCCACAGGUUCGAACAAUGGCGCUUCGGACUAUGUCGGGAAUUCGGGUUCCGGUCAUUAGCCAGAUUGUGUCACUGGCUAUCAAGAGAGGAUGUGGAGAUAUGAGUCCACAUGUGCGCAAAGCGGCUGCUUUAGCUAUUCCAAAAUGUUAUCGUCUGGACCCCAACACGCUACCGCAAUUGAUGGGAUAUCUUGGGAUACUCUUGGGUGAUUCUCAAUACUUCGUCGUCGGCCCCGCCGUCGCCGCAUUCUUGGAUCUGUGUCCUGAUGAGAUUGACCUAAUCCACAAGAACUACCGCAGUUUGGUCAAGAAACUGGUUGAUAUGGAUGAAUGGGGCCAGUUAGCAACCUUGCGCCUGUUGACAUUUUAUGCACGAAAAUGUUUCCCUCGCCGGACCCAGAAGGUUAAGCGCACAGCUCCGGAGGCAUUCUACGACGACGAAAAGCAGCAACAGGAGACCCAUAAUGAAGCCGAAGAGUACGAAGUUUCAGUGAUGGAUCCUGAUCUUGAGCUUCUACUCCGAGCUUGCAAGGUUCUACUCCAGAGUCGAAACUCCGCCGUCAUUGUCAGCGUUGUGCGUUGCUUCCUUUACCUUGCUCCAUCAGAAUAUAUUGCAUCAGCAGUUGGUCCCCUUGUGGCUCUUUUACGAAGCCCGCAGGACAUGCAACUCAUCGCUUUGUACAAUAUUGUUGCCGUUGCUCUAAGAGCUCCCAAGCCCUUUGCGAAGUACACGGCCCAUUUCCUUGUCCACGCCAACGACCCGCCGCAUAUCUGGCGCCUCAAACUGGAGGUUCUAACUAUUCUGUUCCCGCAUUGUGGAAAACACUGGAAGGGGGUUAUAAUCAGCGAACUAGAACACUUCUCUAAAGGCACAGAUCCUGAGCUGGUGCGAGAGAGUGUGCGAGCCAUUGGGCGUUGUGCGCAAGGCGAUACAAGUACCUCAGACAUGUGCCUACGGAUCCUUUUAGGCCAGAUAUCUAGUCCAGAUGGCAACCUCGUGUCAGAGGCACUGACCGUCAUUCGUCACUUGAUCCAACAAGAUCCACCCUCACAUAAAAAUACUGUCCUCCGGCUCGUCAAGCACCUGGGUUCAACAACCCACCCAGGCGCACGAGCCACCAUUAUCUGGCUGGUUGGCGAGUUCGCCGGAAUUGACCCUGAGAACAAUAUCGCGCCUGAUGUCCUCCGCAUCUUGAUCAAAGGAUUUGCAGAUGAGAUGGAAAUUGUCAAACAGCAGAUUGUUCUCCUCGGUGCUAAGGUGUAUUUACACCAUCUCUUGCAAAAUCCACCAAAGGAACAGCCGGAACAACUUCCAUCACCGUCAUUCCCCGAGGCCGAAGCCCCCGUCAAAGCCCAGCAAGAGUUCCACAACGAAUGGAAUGAUAAUGGGAACGACGAGCCGGAAGAUGCGGAGCGAAAUGAAGAGAGAGAGGAGAGUCGUCAAGAAAACGACGGCCCUGAAACGAAGGAAACAAAAGAAGCAACCGAAGACCGUGUUACGUUGUUAUGGCGGUAUAUCCUCCUUCUCGCACGCUACGACAUCUCCUACGACCUACGUGAUCGGGCACGUCUCUACAAGAGCCUCUUGGAAACGCCGUCUUCCACUCAACUUGCCAACCUCCUUCUCCUAGCACCAAAGCCAGUACCUCACGCCCCCAGCCCAUCCGAGACGCGCAAGGAUUUACUCAUCGGCUCCGCCACUCUCGUUGUCGGCCCAGACGCUGGUCACCUCGGACUUCGAGGCUACACAAACCUCCCAGACUGGGUUGAGCCAGGCCAAGAACCCGACCCCAGCCUCCGCACCGAAGAUGUGAAACCAGACACAUCCAGCAACGCUACCUCCAUGACUGCAGGUGAUCGCCUUGAUAAAGCACUUCGUGAACACAAAACGACUGUUCCAAGCCGGGACCGAAACGGUCCGGCUAUGCCUCUAGACCCGACUGGCAAGAAGACUCUUGAUCAGUGGUUAGAAGAAGAGGAGGAAACCGAGACAGAGUCUGAAUCUGAAACGGAUUCCGAGGAAGAUGAAACUGAUUCGGAGGAGGAGACGGGCUCGGAAGAAGAGUCUGACUCGGAGGAAGAUGACUCUGAAGAAGAGACUGAUUCUGAAAGCGAAGCUGUGAAUAAAGAGGCACAGACGUUACUUCGUUAA